UAUUAAUUGGCGAAAUAGUGCUAUGGGGCCCUCCAAUACCACCUCCGGGCAACUAGCAGGUUUUUUGAGUAUUUUUUUAAUGGUGUGUUUGAUUUGUUGUCGCUGUUUUGAACUCAGAGAUUUUAAUACCUUCGUUCUGCUUCAAUUUCUUGGAGUCAUCACUUAUUUCUUCAAUGGUUGAUGUUCAAACUCUUCCAUUUUAGCCCAUGGGAACCUUUCAAAUUGACUCUUGGGUUCUUCCCACAGAACCUAGUAGUCUCUGAUGGUUUCCUUGCUUUUAGGCUGGACAAGAUGUCCCAAACUCAUCUUGUACAUUUCCUUCCCCUAGAACGAAAGGACCUCCAAUUCCUCUAAUCGUUGCAACAACGUGGAUGGAACUAGAAUGUAUUAUGCUAAGUGAAAUAAGUCAGUCAGAGAAAGACAAAUAUCAUAUGAUUUCACUCAUAUGUGAAAUUUAGGAAACACAACAGAUGAACCCAUGUCAGAUUAUAGUCUCAUAUUUAGAGAGAAGUAUACAUUGCUGCUGGGAUUAGUGAUUUUGUUGUUGCUGCUGUUACUGACAGGAGAAGCAGUUAGCUUCAUUAGUUUCAGCUUUAUUUGCAUAUUUUUGAGAUCCUUUGUUUUCUUUUUCUUUUUUUCCUUUUGUUUGUAAAAAAUGUAAAAUGUCUACAUUUUCUGGUUAAAAUUAUAAAACGAUACAUUCGAAAAAGCCAAUGUUUCUUGCUUUUAUGUCCCUCCUGUUCUAUCCCUCCACUUAUAGGUAAGCAAUUUUAAUUUAUAUUUGGUUCAUCCUUUGUUUAUCCUACUUGAAAAUACAAGUAAAUGUGCAUAUCUAUUUAUCAUUUACUCAUACAUAUAUAUUUACACAGAAGAUAACAUAUGAUACAUUCUCUUCUAUACUUCUGAACGUUUCUCAUAUCCAUAACCAAACACUGGAUGAAAAAAGCAAGGAAUUGUCUUGGAAUCGACCUCAUUGCUUUAUAUAGUGCUCUCACACUGCUGUUCCAGGGCACAAGGUACCUUGGGACAGGGGAGAGAGAGGGUGGCUGAACAGGGUGACUCUGGGACCACCAUUAUUUCAGCCACAGCAGCCACAUUCCUGUUCCACAUAUUUGGCAUUCCUAUCAAAUUUGGUCUGAAAAACAGUCCCCACUUUUUUUUUUUGAAAAAUCCAAAGAGAAAAUGGUCACAGGCUCAUUACUAACCCAAACUCCCUGAUCCUGGUUUCUGAGAGGCUGUCCAGAGAGCACACACUUUGUGUUAACUUUACUAGGCUGGCAUAAUCUUACUGUCUAGGGUUGCCUAAGCUUGAGUCCCAAGAAAACCCUGGUGGAAGAGAAACACUCAUCUGUUCAACAACUGAGUGAAGGACCUGACCAAUCAUCUCGUCCACAUUGUCAUUUGAGGGAAUCUAUUUUGCACAUUUAGGAAACAUCUUUAGCUCUAAGGAAGGGAAUAAGAAAACACAAAGGCAGUUGAAGAGGCCACUAGAAUUUAAAGCAAAGUGUCCUUUUGCCUUGAGUGUAUAAAAUUAAAAGCGCUUUCCAGAUGGGUUACUGAAUCCACUCAAGAACUGGCAGCCAAUGAAAGACAGGCUUGCAGACUGACUCUUUUGUACUAUUUGCCAUACCUUCCUCUUCCACCUGUGAACUCCAUGCAUAUGCAGACUUAACCCACACACAUGGGCAGGUCUCACUGGACGUGUCAUGGCUGUACCACUGGCUCCUGACACAAUGCCCGGUGCUUAGUAGGUGCUCAAUAAAUACAUUUGGAAUGGAUGAAUGAAUGUAAAUAUUCCUCUUUGUCCUCAUGAACCCAUCCGAAAGGCGUCAUAAAUUUGGCUCAUCGCCGUUAAAGGACUGUUGUGGUUAGGAUUGUGUCCCUCCGUCCCGCAAAUUAUGUGUUAAAGCCCUAACCAUCCCCAGUACCUCAGAAUGUGACUAUGUUUGGAAAGAGGGUCUUUAAAGAGGUGAUUAAAGUAAAAUGAGGUCAUAUGGGUGGGUCCUAAUCCAACAUAAAGAAAUCAUAAAGAUCAUAAAGAAAUUAGGCCAGAGACAUGCAUGCACACAGAAGAAAGGCCAUGUGAGGACACAGUGAGACAGUGGCCAUCUACCAGCCCCGGAGAGAGACCUCAGAGGAAACCAAACCUGCUGACACUUUGAUCUUGGACUUCCAGCCUUCGGGAACAUGAGAAAAUAACUUUGUUGGUUAAGCUGGCCAGUCUUUGGUAUGUUGGUACAACAGCUCUAGCGAACUCCUACGAUUGCCAAUCUCUGCCCCAGACCAUGGCAGAAGUGAUGUCAAAGAAACAUUUUUUCGUGGUUCGCAUUUCCCAUUCCCAUAUCAUAUAAGCCAGAAGAAAAUUGUUCUCAGUAUGUGUUUCGUGGUGCUUUGAAAUCCACAGUGUAUCUAUGUGACUGGCCUCGCUGUAAGAAAGCCCUUUGUGAGGUCAUCAUGUCACUCUUGCCAAAGCUGCACAGAUGGAGACAUGCAGGCGUUUAAAAACACUUGAGAAGACACCAUGCCUCACUUUGCAAACCCUCUUUUAAGAAACAUCAUUACCAGAAAUCCAUUCGAUAACAUCAAGAGGAAGCGAUGCCUCCAAUAUUUGAAAACGCUGAAAACACUGCAAAAUGAUGGAUUUAAGACCAUAUAUUUUGGAGAAACCAAUAUUGCCGAGAGUCUUCUCACCGGAGAAGAUUUCAGUGACGGGUGUUUCACGCAAACUCCAACUUGGUGUAUCGUGCAUGCUGGUGGUAGUCAAGGAUGGGUGCCUUGGAAGUACCGGACGUUCCUUAGAGAUGAGGUAUGCAUCAAACAGGAAGACAGCCUCUUCUCUGAGUUCUGUGAUGUGGCGAGGAAGGCCUACGGGAAGUGCGCCAUUGUGGUCAAAGAGAGAAGGCAGCGAGACAAGAAGAAGCCAGAGGAAGACAAAGAGCCAGAGGCCCAGAUCCAUGCCCCAUCGGUCAUUAACCUAAAGAGCCUUGUGUGUUGCCCGGAGGUAGCCAAGUCCCGUGGCCACGAACUACUCUUUCUGCCUUCCCUUUACAAUUACCUGAACCCUUUAGACUCAGCCUGGUCUUCUUUGAAAUGGUUUAUUAUCAAUAACAGAAAGGAGUUUUGCUUUCAGUACAUUGACAGUGUCUAUUCUUACCAGUACAUACUUGUCAGAGAUUUAAUUAGCAAAGGGAUCGAAAGGAUAAACCCAAGCAAAUGGAAAACACUAACCAACAAAGUGUGGAGAUGGGAAAACUACUAUCUUGGUAAAUUUUCUUAAGGGUGAUUCCUCUAACAAGCGGUUGGGACCAUGCUACGGGCAGUCUUUACCAACUCUGCUGGGCUCGACUCGGGACCGCUGCAGCCAAAGAUACUUCAACAACGACCUCGCAGGGAUGCUGUGAGGACUGAGGUUUCCAAGGGUGUUGGCCAAGUGCUGUAGGUUUACUGGAGGUUCCAUUAAAGCUUGUUGGUGAAUUAGG